AUGCUUGUGUCUUUUAUCCGGGUCUCCAGCCACAUUCUACCAAGUAUUAGCAUAAAACAUGGAAUACGAAUGGCCAUUUAUUGGCUGGCAUUCGACCACUUCGGGCUUAUCAAUACCCCGCUGUCAGGGAAUUCACCGCCUGGCAAAGCGAUACAUGCAGCAUGUCCGGCAGUUGUACAGCCUGUGGGUGGGAACAUGAGCCACAUGGGUAGCUAUUCAAAAUUCAGGGUAUUUGAGAUGCGUAUGGGUAUUAAGGCAAGCAUUUUCUGCAGAAGAGAGUACUCAUAUCGGAGGUUGAAGGGAUAG